AUGGCUCCUACUUCUGCUCAAAUUGACUUCUUUGGCUACUCAUUCGCUUUGCUGACCUUUCUCGGCGGAGCAAUUGGCUUCAUCAAGGCGAAAUCAAUCGCUUCGAUCAUCAGCGCGAGUAUUUCCGCCCUUUUGAUCGCUUACGGAGCAUCCCUCACAUCCCGCGAGUAUGAAAACGCCAAGAUGAUCUUCUGGGUUUCGCUCUUGUUAUUGGGAUUCUUUGCCAAGCGUUAUGCUGGUAGCAGGAAGGUGAUGCCUGCGGGAUUGAUGAUGGUUCUGAGUCUGAUCUCCGUCAUUCGAUACGGUCAGCGUCUGUAUCUCUAA